AACGUUUUAGCAUAGCUUGUGAGAACGUCAGACAGCACGGUUUGAAUCAAAAGGUCUUUGUUUGCACUGUCCGUCCGAGAACCGUGUGGUGGACUGGUGAAAAUUUUAAGAUUGAAAUAAAUUAUAAAAUUGUUAUCUAUAAAAUACGGGAUUUAAUCUCGCAAUCCGAUUUAGCAGUUAAUUAUAAAGUAAGGAGUUAUUCAUUUAAUCAAAUUGUGAUAUAUAGCAGAUUUCAAAUAUACUGGAUGUGCUAAAGCUGUUACGUAACUAAAAGAGUUUGUGAACCUGUUCAGUGUAUAGUCAUAGCGAACUCGCUGGAGGACGUGUUCAACGUAUAUUUAUAGAGAAACAUAGUAAUUUAAGUUAGAUCUUGCUUAUCGCAUCUCAGUAAGUCACAAAUAAAGAUGACUUCUAUUAACGUUGACAAAUACAAGCUGUCUGACAAAACAGCCAAGCUUACUGCAAAAGAUAUUAUCCCGAUGGUUCAAUCGUCUGAUUCCGCUGAAACGAGAGAGUUUUUACAGAAAAUAGCAGAUUUGCUAAUCGACUAUGUUAACAUCCAGAACGAUAGAAAGGAGAAAAUUCUGGACUUCCAUCACCCAGAGGAUAUGAAGAAGCUUCUAAAGCUAGACGUAUCAGAUGAGCCGGUUACGCUGCAACAGCUGGUGAAUGAUUGUGCCAUCACACUAAAAUAUCAAGUUAAAACGGGGCAUCCCCACUUCUUCAACCAACUCUCUUGUGGAUUAGAUGUAGUUUCGAUGGCAGGAGAGUGGCUUACAGCGACUGCUAACACCAACAUGUUCACAUACGAAAUUGCACCGGUGUUCAUUCUGAUGGAAAAUGUAGUAUUGUCCAAAAUGCGCGAAAUUAUUGGAUGGGAUGGCGGUGAUUCGAUUCUAGCACCAGGUGGUUCCAUUUCAAACUUAUACGCCUUUCUGGCCGCCCGACAUAAGAUGUUCCCUCGUUACAAAGAGCAAGGUUCCCGUGGCCUACCCGGUGACUUAGUAAUGUUUACUUCAGAUCAAUGCCACUAUUCUAUCAAAUCGUGUGCAUCAGUUUGUGGCCUUGGAACGGAUAACUGUGUUAUGGUUCCGUCGGAUGAUCAUGGUAGAAUUAUCCCAACCGAAUUGGAGAGGCUGAUUCUGGAACGGAAAGCCCGAGGACAGAUUCCAUUCUUUGUGAAUGCCACAGCAGGAACAACGGUGCUGGGUGCAUUCGAUCCGAUAAACGCUAUUGCUGACAUAUGCGAAAAGUACAACUGCUGGUUCCACAUCGAUGCUGCAUGGGGUGGUGGGUUAUUGUUAUCCAAGAAGUACCGUAAUCCAAGACUGUCCGGAGUUGAACGAGCGGAUUCUGUCACAUGGAACCCACAUAAACUAAUGGGCGCUCUGUUACAGUGCUCCUCGAUCCACUUCAAAGAAGAUGGUCUGUUGAUUAGCUGCAACCAGAUGUCCGCUGAGUAUCUGUUUAUGACCGAUAAACUCUACGACAUAAGCUACGACACAGGAGACAAAGUCAUCCAAUGUGGGAGACACAACGAUAUUUUUAAACUGUGGUUGCAGUGGCGGUCAAAAGGAACUGAAGGCUUUGAGAAGCAAAUGGAUCAUUUAAUGGAACUGACCGAAUACGAAGUUCGACGUAUCAAGGAACAGUCAGACAAAUUUUAUCUGAUCAUGGAACCAGAGUGUGUUAAUGUGUCCUUCUGGUAUAUCCCGAAAAGACUGCGCGGAGUCCCGCACAAUGCUAAAAAAGAACAGGAACUGGGUAAAAUUUGUCCAAUCAUAAAAUCCCGCAUGAUGCAAUCCGGAACGCUGAUGGUCGGUUAUCAGCCUGACGACCGACGUCCGAAUUUCUUCCGUUCAAUCAUAUCUUCGAUAGCGGUCACCAAAGCCGAUGUGGAUUUCAUGCUCAACGAAAUUGACCGCCUGGGUCAGGACUUGUAAAUUAUUGAACACAAUAAGCUAAAAGAAUACGCAGAGGAAAUACAAUUUUAACAGUUGAGACAAUUAUUUUGAUCGGAAAUUUAUUGCAACAGAAGAUUUAACAACCAAGGAGUAUCAGUUAUAAUAACAUAUCACUGAAUAUCACACUACUUGAAGUACUCGAAUUUGUUGAGCAAAGUAUAACUUUUGUCGUUGCUUAUGGUUUACACUUAGCGAAAUAUGGUUAUUUGAAAAACAAUAUAGAAAAAUUAAAUUUCAAAUGCUUUGAAAAAAGACGAAAUAUUUGCAAAACAUAUUUUUAACAAAGCUACUCAUUAUGCUCGUGUAAUUAUUAAAUAAUUAUAGUAACUAGAAUUCACGCUAACACCGAAUGAACAUCAGAAAACUGGCAGUAGUAGUUUAAACUAUUUGUUCAAAACAAAACAAAAUAUUGAAAACGAAGUUCGCGAAACAGACAAAUUACCGAAACAAAAGAUAUUUACCAAAAUAGUCUGUUUAAAUACGUUGAUGGGAGAAAGAAUUAUAUACAAAAACUAUAUUCAUUAUAUAUACAAGAAUAUUCAUUCUCCGCUCACAUAUAUACAUGUUCAUCCUGUUUCGCAAUUGAGUGCUGGUGACAAAUAUAUGUACCUUACAAACAUUAGAUUGAUUUUGCAAAAUACGCAAACUAAUUUCAGUUCUGAACAUUUUCAAAACUAGUCAAUUUACGAAAGUUAGUAAAUGAACAUUUUAUCAAUGUGUAGUGUGCAAUAAAGUAUCAUUAACAUCCAAUGAUGAUCAUAAUCACUAACCAAAUGUAAGUAUAAUUGUACCAUAGGAUAGUUUAAUAUGGUUUUGUUCAUUGUUACUUUGCCUCUGCUCAAGGUUACGUUGUGAGAUAUGUAUAUAUAUAUGCUACCUAACAAUGCACGAAACAAAAUGCUUUAAUCCAAUGUUUUCUAAUAAGAGAAGACUUGGAAACAAACGCUACCGACUGAACGACUAAAACAAUACCAGCAGCUGCCAAGGUGCUCUUUAUUGUCAUAUUUCAAGAUUCUUUUGGAAAAUAAGCAUUAUUUUUAGUUUAAAACCUACAAUCCAUCUUUGUUUGACAAGAAAUAUUUUAUAAUUGUUAGCAACGAGCCUAUUAACUGAAACAAAGUGUGAUUCAUUCUAGAAUUAGUAACACGAAAGUACUUGGAAUUUAUAUUGUUAUUAGUUUCGUUAUAUCUUGUGAAAAUCUUUGAUCUAUUGAAAGUUUAUUUUAUUCUACUCAAAAAUGAAUACGAAUUUGUUGAAAAAUUAAAAAUAUAGCAAUCAAAACCCAGAAAGAAAACGACAAAUUCACAAAGUCUUCCUUCGAACGAAAUGUUAAUUAAUACAUGAUUCACGCUCACUCUCAGAUACCUUUAAUCUUGGUGGAUUAGAAUCGUACUAAUCUAUUCACCUGAUUGUUUCAUCUAGUCAUUGUUGAAAAAAUUCUAGUUCACCAUUAUGUAUAUUUCAUCUCGAGAGUGACGAGAAUCGAAAAAAAAACACAUAUAUUAUGAACACAGUAAACGACUAAAACAAACAUUAGUUUCUUGAUUUUGUAUUUCGAGCGAAAUAAUUUUCUUAGUAACGGAACUACUAGGAUCGAUUAUAUAUUAUUCUUAGAGACACAGAUAAAAUCUUGUCAUUAUUCAAAUUAGCCAGAUUCCUAAAGAAAGCGUCUCCAAAGCAUAAGAAAAUCGCAUGAUGAAUGCAUGCGCAAAUUUUAGCAGAUAGAGGACAUAGAAAAACGAAAAUGAUAUAAAACGUAUAUUAUGUAUAUGAAAUCAUUGUCACGUCGUAACACAAAAAAUAACAUGGAACUAUUGGAUGAGUCAAUACUA